AUGAGUGGAACAAAUAGCUUGACAGGAAAUUUAAAAAGACAUCUUGAUAAAAAUCAUCCAAAUAAAGUAAAUCCAUCUGUAAUAAAGCAAGCAACAUUUAUGAAGCAAUUUUUAGAAAUUGAGAAUAAUAUUCCUAUCGUAUUUACUAAUGAGAUUUUUUGUGAGAAAUUAUCAAUAUGGAUUGCGGUUGAUGAUCAACCAUUUACAGUAGUAGAUUGUCCUGAAUUUCAGGAAUUAAUAAAAACUUGUAUUAGAGAAGCAAAAGUACCUUCAGCCGAUACGAUUCGUAGUGAUAUUUUAAAAUUGUAUAAAAAACAACUGACAAAUAUUCAAUGUAUAUUACAAAACACACCAGGAAAAAUUAGUUUCACUUUGGAUUGUUGGACUUCAUCAAAUAUUAUUGCUUUUCUUGGUUCUCAUUCAGGUGAGAAUAUGGUGAAAGAAUUUUUGAAUUCCAUUCAAGAAUUUCAUAUAUUAACAAAGCCUCUUAAUGAUUUUAUACUUCUAGAACGAGAUUUAAAUGAAUAUCUAAUUUCACCUAAAGAAUGGAAUAUGGUUAAAGAAUUAUGUCAUGUAUUUGAUUUUCAUACUGCUACAGAAUACAUGUCAAUGUCACAAUAUAUUACUUUAAGCUCAUCAAUUCCAAUAUAUAACUCUUUACUUGAGCAUCUUGAGAAACUUCUUGAUGAAAAUGAUAUCACAUUUUGUCAUUCUUCAGAA